UUAGGAUUUGAAUUGUUAGAAAAUAUUAAUGUACAAAUUUUUUUAAAACGAAUAUGGCUAACAUUGAAUUAGACAUUUGGAGAGGAGAAUGGGGUCUAGCAUCUAUCGAUUUAGAAUGUUUAAAAGUAUUAACUUACAUGAAAUUUAUCGGUGUGCCUGUUAAAGUGAGAGAGUCGAAUAACCCAUUUUUCACCCCCAAAGGUCGACUUCCUGUCAUGAGAGAUGGACGGACCGUUCUUACAAAUUUUGAAGAAGUAGUAGAACAUUUGAAAUCUCUACAUUACAACACAGAUGUACAUUUAAACUCCAAAGAGGCAGCGGAAGCGAGUGCAUUCACACAAUACCUCCGAGACAAGUUGUACCCAGCUUACCAGUACGCUUGGUGGGUGGAUGAAAAGAAUUACAAUGAUGUAACUAGGCCAACAUUUGCAAAAUGUUUGAGAAUUCCAUUUAAUUUUUUUUAUCCAUCACGGUAUCAGAAUGCCGCCAAAGAAAUGAUAGACGCAUUGUAUGGAGAACAUACUGAUCUUAGAGAAAUAGAGAAAACUAUAUACAGUGAAGCUGAGAAGUGCCUAAAAACAUUAUCAGAUAGAUUAGGUGAGAGUGAAUACUUCUUUGGAAACCGUCCUUCAUCGUUUGACGCUAUUGUGUUUGCUUACUUAGCUCCUUUAGUGAAAGCACCAUUUCCUAAUGGGACUCUGUCAAACCAUGUCAAAGGCACUGCAAAUUUGGCAAGAUUUGUGGCCAGGAUCAAUCAGAAAAAUUUUAGACACGUCACAGAUGAAUAUAAUAAACAGAAUGCAAAGAAACAGUCCACAGGCUCGCAGUCUGAUAGAGAAGCCGCAAACUUUCCCAAUCAGACUCGAAAUAAAAUCUUAGCAGCCCUGUUUGCUGCUAUUGCUAUGACGGGGUAUGCAGUGGCUAACGGAAUGUUUCAAGAGCUGAAAGACUUUGAGCACUCGCGAGAUUACAAUGAAAUGUUUGAGAAUGAAGAAGAGGACAACUGAUAGUAACUGAAGUUUAUAACUUAACCAAGUUCACAGCUGAUGACAUACACUGCUGUCCAAAGGUAUUGUGGGUACCUAAAUUUAUGUAGGAAGGGAUAAAUUCACAUUACUUAACCGUCUAGACAAUGCAUAAGAUUGAUGUUUUUGGCUUAUUGCAUUUGGCUAAAUUUAGUCUACUGAAUUCAGUGAAGUGUAAUAGCAUUCAGUAAGCUAGCAUAGUAAAUUCAGUAGCAAGGAUGGUUUCUGACUGACUAAAUCAUUAAGAAGCCUAAUUAGAAAUGCAUUUAGGAAGGUGUAAUCGCAUUUAGUUACUUAAUGAUUUCAGUCGUCCCAUAGCUCUCCGUGCGUAAGGACGUUUUAGCUUGUUUUUUACUUCCGAAUAAAAAGUAUUUAUUUCAGUUACCUUCAUUUAAUGUGCCAGACAUUUAUAAAUAGCUCAACAUGUUUCAGUGAUAUUUUUUGUCAGCAGGGUUUGUGAUAUUAAAGAACUAAUUUUUAAAUCUUCAUACGAAUUUCCUGUUACAAGAAAUCUUAAUGUUAGAACCAGUCUUUCUUUUGGACUUAUACUAUCUCGUAGGAUAGUAUCCUGCUUUUGAAUAAACGGUGUCACAAGGUUUAAUAUUAGGUCAAACGAUAUCGAAUCCAUUCUUAGAUAAUUUCUGAAGUCUGCGGGUUCUAAAUCACUCAUAAUGUUCAUAUUUGCUAACUUCCCGUGCAGCAAUAAAUAUUUCUUCACCCAUAUUCUUCCGUUUAUUAUUUUUAUUUAAUUGAGCCGACAGCGAGGGCUACACCAAGACCAAAUUUUUGUUGUCUAGGCAAUACUGGGGCUAUCCUCUUACACACACAACACGUCCAAUGUCGUCGGGUUUAAACUGGCAAUUGAUUCAGUAACUGAAUUAAGAACAGUGUAAUCAGAAACUUCUAACUUGCUUCUAAAUUUGCUUCUGAAUUCAGUCGACUAAAUUUAGCCAAGUGUAAUAAGCCUUUUAGGUUGAUGAACCCUUGUCGUGUGAGUUCACUAACCUCGCGCAUUCGAUAUUACAUUGCGGGCUGUGCUUUCAUGCCAGUACUACUACUUUACAAUAUAUGUAUAUAAAUCUCAUGCAUGGGCAAAUCCAUUUUAUGCAAAAUACCUUAAAUAUCGACCAUAACAGGAGAACAUUAUGUGAUUUCUCUUGAAGCCCUGAAAAUAUUUUUUGUUUCAUUAUAAAUAAAGAUGUCAUUAUUGUUUAAAAUUCACAAAUUAAAAUGGUAGAGCAAUACAUUUACAUGGGAGUACUAGCUUUAUAGUAAAAUAAUUAAUGCACUCCCAUUUCUUUCUAAGAAAUUUAUGUAUGGUUUUAUUUUUUCUUUCUCCUAAUAUAUACCGAGUAUUUUUUUCAACUACGGCUUUAUUUUAUUAGUACAUAUGGUACCUUUCGGACGGCAAUGCGCGCGCAUAGUUUUUGUGUUACCUCGUAUACCUACACUGUUUCUAGUAAGUCAUAUAAUAUAUAAAAACAACACAGAGUCUAUAUCCUAUAGAAUAGAAAUAUAACAUUAAAUUCGAAGUCAUUUUAGUAUUCAGUUACCACCGACAACGGGCCUGAUAAUAUUUUUUUAAAUUAAUUACAGUCAAUAUGUGGAACUUUUCUCUCAGCUAUUUGAAGUUAUAAUAUACGUCAAAAUACACACAUAUUUUUUUUUUAUGUUUUUCAAUUAUACCCUAAACAAACAGUCAGUCACGCCGCAAUGGACGAGGUAUAGUAAAAUUAAAUUAAUGAAAAACUUUUACGGUUGAAUCACGCGUUUUUUUUUUCUCGUAAUAAUUACUAUCAACACAACACGUACUAGAAAUAUGUAUGCACAUGAAAGACAAAGAAUGUAAUAGUUAUGUCCAUCUCUAUCAAUCUAAACACUCAAAUGUUUCUGUUACAUCCAUCGCAUCGUCUUCAAAUAAUUGAACUAUAGUUUUAAAAAUAAAUGUUAAAAAAAUAUAGUUUUAAAUUUCAUUGGUAUUCUGUUUGUAAAUUUUAUGUUUCAUUAUUUCAAUUACUUGAAUUGUUUACGAAGUUAUAAUAAGGAUAUUGUGUUGGU